AUGAUCCCCGCAGUGAAAAGAAAUACUGUCCAGUUCUCUAGGCCAGGGCAGCCCCCUGAGCCUGAUGGAUUAAGUGGGGAGGGGAUCUUCAGUGACUCUGAAUGCAAAGAAGCUGCUUCAGAAAAGAACAGCCACACACCUAGCCAGUCCCAAGGGGACUCCCUAAAGGACACAUCGGACUCCUCUGUUUCUUCUUACCACACUGCUCUGUGCUCAGAGGGGGCUGAGAGUUUUAAGGACUGCGUGGAAUCUCUGGAAGAUGAAGGGGACACUCUGUUAACCCAGCCGCCUGAUGGUGACCCAGCUGAUGAAAGCGAUCUGCAUCGCAAGAACAAAACUGCACCGGUGAGCCUUUCUGAACAGAGCCUGGUUGGCCUGAAAGGUUUUUGGAGGGGCACUUCUGAGGACCCAGCUGAGCAACUACAUGGGACACCAAGUGAUUUUGACAAAGCCACAUGGGAGCUACCUGAUAAAAACAGCAAAGGUGCUGGUGAUAUUUGUGCUGCUGCCUCUAUGGCCGUAGUUCAUUCAGCUUUAAAUAGAAGCCAGGCUUCAGGGGGGAGUUUAACAACCACAGCUGAGAGGACAUUUAGCCCCCAGGCAGGCAGGGAGUGUGCAGCAAGCAAUCAAGUUUGCAGAUACAGAGGCUACCUCAGUGCCAAGGAGAAGCAACAGGUUCAGAUGUCAAUCACGGGCCCUGCUAAGAAUAGCUCUGCUCCAGGGUACAGCAGCAGGAUGGGGCUAGCCACAAGAGAGCUGCAGCCUGGAGACAGUGGGUCUAAAUAUUUGGACCCGCCUUUACGAUUCAAUGCACCGAAACCCAGGGAGAUGUUCCUCAAAGAGCGCAAUACGAAGGGCAGCAGAGCUCCUGUGAUUAGCAAGGCCCCCUGCCCCCAGUAUUGCGCUGACAACUCCAGUGCUGGGAGCGACUCCGAAGAGGCUGAUAAUGAAGUUCAGAAGCUCACUGCUCUGUCGUUCCGGAGCCUCUCGUGCCCUCACGGUGGUUCCCUACAUAUGUACAGUUCUAGUAACAGGACAUCGUCUAGCUUGUCCAAUUCCUUGUCAGAAGACAGUAAUGGAAUGAACAGGUGGUCAACGUGUAAUGAGCUGAGAAAAGCAGAGGUGGUCAGCCAGGCAAAGGGCAGCAGACAAUUCCCAGCUGCCAGCCAAGUCCCAGAAAAAGAUCCGCCCAGUUACUCAUUCGGGAAGGACCCGUUCGAGUGCAUUGAUGUGGUGCUGGAAAGCGCCGACAGCAAAAAGGGCCACUCCAAAAAGAGGACCGUGCCCAAGCGGCAGAUCCAGCUCAAGCAGAGAGACAGGAAUGAGAUGAAUUUCCUCAGAGCAGGGGACUGCGCUGCCCAGCAGCCCUUUGCAGCACCCAGGAACGACCCCUGCCCAAAGGGCAGGACCAUCAGCAAUGAAUUCAGGAUAAACUACAAACAGUUUCUGAGAACAGCGUCAUUAGACGACUCGUACAGCAAAACCAGGAUGGCCUCCUGCCUGGUGAAAAAUGUGCUGGCCAAGAAAAUGCAGUACGAGCAGAGGAUCAGAAUGGAGCAGAAAUCGAUGCAGGGCAGCUCGACCUCUUCUGUACCAUCCUCCGUAAGUACAGACCUCGUGGGGGAUUUCACGGAAGGGAAGUCAAGUUCUCUGUCCAAGUCCGACUGCAGCUGUUCAGCUGAAGAUCUGCAGAGUCAUUCAAUGAGCGAAAGGUCUGACUCAAUGAGCCAAGAAAGCACUGAUGCCAUGCGGCCUACCAAAGGGGUAGUGCUGAACGAGCAGCAAAGGGAAAAUGUCUGCAAGCUGAAAAAGACGUUCAACGAGCUGAAUGAAAGACUGAAGUCUCAAGAAGCCACCCAGUCCAAGCCACUCCCCAUCUUGGCAGAUGGCGUGAACAGGGAUUCAGGCGACUGCAGGAAGCAGGUUACCAGAGAGAGGAAAGAAUACUGGAGAGCUCGUGCCCUGUUUGAAUCCAAGCAGGCUGAGGUGAAAGGCUUGGGUGUUGCCCCGACGUUUUCCAAAGCACAAAAGCCAUGGCCCAGUUUGAAGCAGCGAGCGAUCAGCAAGAACAAGCACACGUCAUGGAAAGAGGAGAAGGUCCCCUUCAAGCCAAAAAGUUUGGUGGUGCCCAGGGAUCCAGCCAGGAACAUCUUCACGUCCACAACGCAGGAGAUGAAACUGAUCCCACAGAGCAAACCCGAGCAGCAGCAGAAGAUGCUGAAUGUCUCCAGGCAGCUGACUCCGGAGGGAGGUGCCGAGGAGAAGAGGCCAGCAGCAGUGCAGAGCACCAAGUAUUCCUCUCUCAUUUUGCCCACUUCCUGCAGAUCACGCAGCGAUGGGAAAAGCAGCCCCCCUGAAGCAUCGCGUGCUCAAGAGGCCAAGAAGACAGAGAGUAAAGGGAGGGGGCGAAUACAUCAGCCCAGGGACGUCAGAAAGUUAGUUAAGAACACCUUUAGCUUGUGCUUUAAAUCUUCAGACAGCUUCAAUAUAGACCAAGAAACCAACAGUGGGGAUAGCAUAAGCCUAUCAGCAAAGGAGUCCACUGCAACCUCCCCUCUGUUUAUACACUGCACCUCAGUGUGUCGCAAAGAUGAUGUGCAAACGAAGACCCAUUCACAUGGGGAAAACCGGGAGCAGCAGUUGAACUUAGAUGUGUCAGCGCUUUCCAUACCAGAUCAGAGAGCGAGUGACCGGCAACACAAUGCCGCUUUAAACCCCAUCACUAAGCCCCACGUGGAUGAACCUGUCAGUCUUACCGAAAACAAAUGCACUGCAGUGGGUGAAGCUCCAAUCCACAUCACUCAAAUUCAGUCCAAGAAGAAGGUUGUAGCUGGGAAUGAAGAACCCCAGCUAAAGCCUGAAAAUAAACCAGUGUGUUACGAGAGGAGUGAGCUAAAUGUAACCCCAUGUUCCAAAGCCACGAGGAAAGCACCUCAGAUGGAAUCCCAGCUUCAUAUUAAAGUCAACAGUUCUCUUUCCAAGCAUCCACACAGAACACAAGCUGACCCCUUCCCUGCUCCAACUUACUCAGCUUCGGAUGGAAGAGCUACGACACAAGCUAAUUGCAACUCCCUAGAAAAAAGCAAAGCUGUUCUGUUUCCAUCUUCAGCCUCUCCUAAGGACACCAAGAACCACACUGACAUCAAUCGCAACACCGCCAGGCCAGGUCAUUUUCAGGAGGCUCAUGCCCACAAGGAGCCUGAGUGGCCAUUUCAGAAGGAUUUAUCCACAGAGAUCAUCUCACUGACACCUUGUGACAGUCAAGACUUUUCUGUCAGUCCAAAAGAAGAAAACAAUGUCUCUGAACGGACCAAGGAAGACUACAGACAUCUACAGCCCAUAAAGCCAACAGUGACGAGUACCCAAACAUCCCACACAAACACACCAGCAAACAAUCAGUCUGUUAACAGUUCGUAUCAGCAGAAGGCCCAGAAUAAAAUGUUUGAUGCCCCCAGGCCGUUGGAUAGCCAGGUGUUUGUGCCAGCAACCCGCAUGUCUCCAGAGUGUGCCAAUUCCAAUGCCUCCUUGAGAUCAAAGGAAUACAGUGAAGAAACCAGACUACCAGGAGUUCCUUCUGCUGCACCAUCACCCCCAGCUGGAAAGCUCCAAGAUCAGAGGGAGAAUUGGGAUCACUUGAACAGACAGCAGGCAGGAAACGAGCAAUAUUUCACAGCCACCCAUGCUGAGAAUGCCAACUAUUUAACAAUUCCCGUGAAAGCCCAGAAACCCGAAGCAGCUCCUAAGCCCUUGGUACCCUCCCAUCCAGACCACACUUUGGUCAGUUCCAAUGUGUUCUUCCAGCCAGGCGGGGAAGCACCCGUGAGCACAAUAAGCAAUGAGUCUCCACAGUUGAAAGCGCCAGAGGGCAAGGCAGCCACAGACCACUCCGUGAAUGACCAGCCAAGCCAUGUUCAGCCCCAUCACAGAGUCAACGACUCACCCAAUUUCUUGAGGAGGAACAACGGUGUUUCACCAGGCAGUAGAAGUGUCCCUAGCCCCACCAGGUCUUUUGCUCCCCAGCCCCAGGCUCACAGGAAAAUGCUCAUUGAUCCAGACAGUGGAAAGUGCUACUACAUGGAACCUCCCAGACAGCCGCAGCUGAAAAUGCUCUAUGACCCAGAGACAGGCCAGUACCUUGAAGUGUUGAUACCCCCAGUCCCCUUGGCAUCACAUAGUAGGCUUUACCCAUCUCCUUUCAACCCAUUGGUCAUGAAUCCAGGGGUUUACGGACCUCCCUACAUACCAUAUCCGGGAUUCCCAGGGUUUCCUCCUCCUCCUGUGGCUAUGCCAUCCGUCCAUCCCGAUCUGCCAAAUCAACAUCCCGGUCAAGAAAAUACAAAUGUAACUGAAACCUUCAGCCCUAGUCCAAAAGGCGAAGCUCCACCAGCUACUCAAGCCACCGACUGCAACUACAUGGAGAGUUUAUAUUAUAUUCCUACUGGGAUGAAUUCAAGUCCUAGCCCUAAUCAGCCUUUAUUCUCCCCAGCUACAAGUUCCAGUCCUUCCAUGCCAGAGAAAGGGCCCUUGUUCCGGAUGUAA